AUCUGCCAGUGUGCUUUCCCGUCGAGAUACGUCCUUCGUGCUCUUCGUGCCAAAUAAUUGCAUAUUUUGCUUCAAAAUUCCUCAUAAUUCGAAGGCAACUCGCAAUUGCCUCCAAGUACUACUUAAAUAAAGUCAGAUUUUUUACCAAGCGAAGCGAAUUUGGACAAAAUUUGCAAUUUCAAACUCGUGUUUUCGGCACUUUUUGACACCCGUCAAAACGUCGACGGCGUCUUUGUUGUGGUUGUAGUGUUCACUGCCGUGCGAUAAAGAAAGGUAGGCGACGACGAUCGCAGCAGUCAGUCGGACUCACAGUGUGUGGAUUCUCGGACUUGUAAAAAUUUCUGCUUCAUUCCGUGUUGGUCUGGUGUAGAGACCGCGGGCACAAUUUGGUUCGGUUUUGUGGUGCAACUCUCGAUUCCUUCGGACAAUGAGUGUCGAGGUGGAAGCGACUAAUUCGCAGGAUGACGCCAACAAACAAGUGAACGGUGGAUCGUCGGACCGCCCGAAUGGGGUGAGCAAUGGCCACUCGGAGGGCGGCGUUGGCUCCAGCGAUGAUCACCGCAAGAGCCACAAAAGCUCCAGCAAGGAUAAACACCGGGACAAGGAUCGGGACCGGGACCGCGAGAAGGACAAGAGCCGAUCGGACAAGGAUCGCGACCGGGACAAGGACAAGGAGCGUUCGAAGGACAAGGAUCGGGAUCGCGACAAGCACAAGAGCAGCUCCUCGUCCUCGUCGAAGGACAAAGAUCGCGAUAAGAGCAAGUCCAGCAGCAGUAGCAGCAAGGAUAAGGACCGUGAUCGUCAUAGCAGCUCGCACAAGAGCUCCCGAAGCGAUAAGGAUCGAGAAAAGGACAAGGAACGGUCCAAGGAUAAAGACAAAGAGCGGUCCAAGGACAAGGAUAGAGAACGGGACAAGGACAAAGAGCGAUCGAAGGAUAAGGAUCGCGAGCGGGACAAGGAUCGCAAGGAUAAAGAAAAAUCCAGCAGCAGUAGUAGCAGCAAAGACAAAGAUCGGGACAAGCAUAAGAGUAGUUCCUCAUCAUCUCGAGACAAGGACAAGGAUCGCGACAAGGAUAAAAGUAAAAGCAGUAGUAGUAGUAGCAGCAAGGACAAAGAAAAGCAUUCCAGCAGUAGCAGCAGUAAGGAUAAGGAUAAAGAUCGCAAGGAUCGGGACCGCAGCGAAAAGCAUUCUUCGUCGAAGGAUAAACCUCGCGAAAAAGUUAAAGAAGAGCCUGCAUUAAAAAUCGAAGAGCCUGAAGAAACCCCGGAGCCGGCUUUCAACGGUACUGUAAGCAACGAAUCAUCUCAAGAUGUGACUGAAAUGAAACAGGAGGAUCCUUUGAGCAUCUCACAAGCCAGUUCCUGCGAUUACUCGAUGUCUCAGUUCCGGACGGAUGAGUCACAGUUCGUAAUCAAAGAGGAAGCACCAGAUCCGGACCAAGAUGAUGAAUCUGAGCAGGCGGAACCGGAGGAACCAGUCCAAGUUGAUGUGAAGCAGGAGCAAGAUUCUGAUGAUGACGUACCUUUGUCCAAGCGCAAGAAAAAAGACGACGACGAAGACUUCAAUGAAGGAAACAAGAAGAAAAAGAUAAAGACCGAGAAAAAGGACAAGAAAGAGAAGAAAAAGAAGAAGCGCGCCUACGAGUCCGAAGCGGAGGAGUUUGACGAAGAAGAAGAUGAGGAUUAUGGGGCAGCCAAGAAGAAGAAACAAGCCAAGAAGGUCAAACAGGAGAUCAAGAAGGAAACCAAGACCAAGGUUAAGAAUCAAGUAAAACAGGAGGUUGUCAGCCCCACCAAAGGUCGCAAAAAGAAACAGGAACCGGAGGAAGAAGUUUGGAAGUGGUGGGAGGAAGAAAAGCGCGAAGACGGAGUCAAAUGGAACACUCUGGAACACAAAGGUCCGGUCUUCGCACCAGCGUAUGACCCGCUGCCAGAAAAAAUCAAAUUUGAGUACGACGGCAAGGUCAUUAAGCUUUCACAGGAUGCAGAGGAGAUUGCCGGCUUCUAUGCCCGUAUGUUGGAGCACGACUACACGUCGAAAGAUGCCUUCAACGAUAACUUUUUCAAAGACUGGCGCAAAUCGAUGACCUCAUCCGAGCGCGACAAGAUCAAGGAUCUCAAAAAGUGCAACUUCCGCUACAUGCACAAACACUUUGCCGAAAUUUCCGAAGCGAAUCGUAACCGCACGAAGGAGCAAAAGCUUGCUCUCAAGGAGGAGAACGAAGCUUUGGUGAAGGAAUACGGCACCUGUAUUAUUGAUGGACACAAGGAGAAAAUUGGAAACUUCCGUAUUGAACCACCGGGUUUGUUCCGUGGUCGCGGAGAACACCCAAAGAUGGGUAUGGUCAAGCGACGCGUUUUACCCGAAGAUGUGAUCAUCAAUUGUGGUAAGGAUAGUACUUGGCCUAAGGCACCGGAUGGGCGCAAAUGGAAGGAAGUACGUCAUGACAAUUCAGUUUCAUGGUUGGCUUCAUGGACCGAGAACGUUCAAGGGCAAGUCAAAUACGUGAUGUUGAAUCCCAGUUCUAAACUGAAGGGCGAAAAGGAUUGGCAAAAAUACGAAACUGCGCGGCGGCUGCUCAAGCACAUCGACAAAAUUCGAAACACAUAUCGCGAUGAGUGGAAGAGCAAAGAGAUGAGAAUACGGCAGCGUGCUGUGGCUUUGUAUUUUAUUGAUAAGCUCGCCCUGAGAGCUGGUAACGAAAAGGACGAAGAUCAGGCCGAUACGGUCGGUUGUUGUUCGCUGCGCGUUGAGCACAUUGAUUUGCACAAGGAACUGAACGGCAAGGAGAAUGUGGUCGUAUUUGACUUCCUCGGUAAGGAUUCAAUUCGGUACUACAACGAGGUUGAGGUUGAGAAACGCGUGUUCAAGAAUCUGGAACUAUUCAAGGAGAACAAGAAACCUGGUGACGAUCUAUUCGAUCGGUUGAACACCUCAGUACUGAACGAACAUCUUCGUGAACUUAUGGAAGGCCUCACCGCCAAAGUGUUUCGUACGUUCAACGCUUCAUUUACGCUGCAAAACCAGCUUGCAGAACUCACUGACCCGGAAAUGACCGUUCCGGAAAAGUUGCUGGCAUAUAAUCGUGCGAAUCGUGCCGUAGCUAUCCUAUGUAACCAUCAACGGGCUGUCCCGAAAACGCACGAGAAGAGCAUGUCCAAUCUAAAGGAGAAGAUCAGACAGAAGCAAGAUGCGGUAGAAACCUGUGAACGUGAAUUGAAGGACCUUAAGAAGAGCAACGUUAGGGACAAGGUUGCCAAGGACAAGAAGCAAAAGCAGUUGGAGCGACUUAAAGAUCAACUGAAGAAACUCGAACUGCAAGAGACUGACAAGGACGAGAACAAAACCAUCGCCCUUGGAACAUCUAAGCUGAACUAUCUCGAUCCCCGUAUUUCCGUUGCAUGGUGCAAGAAGUUUGACGUCCCGAUCGAGAAGAUUUUCAACAAAACGCAACGGGAUAAGUUCCGGUGGGCUAUCGACAUGGCCGAUGAGAACUACGUGUUCUAAGCGCGAUCGGGUCAAAUCCGAUAUCCCCCAACUGUGAGAUAUCAUGUUAUCCGAUGUAGUAGAGUAUCGAACGAUACUCAAAUCCUAGCAACUGUAAUAUUUAACAUCCAAAAUGUUUCGUUUUUAGAAUCAUAAAAGUUUUAUUUAGAUAAUUUUCCUCGUUUCCAUAUCCAUUGGUCAAAAUCCGUCUCAUUUUACGUGAUAGAUAGCACAUACCAGUCACCCACAUGAACUUUAUUGCCACGGUGCAGGAAGAAGAAAGACGAGUUUUCAUCCCGGAAAGCGUGACAAGUCGGAGAAAAUUGAGUUUAAAUCAUUGUAUUUAUUUGAUAUGUGUAAUGAAUCAUACACAGAUUUAGAUUCGGUAGCCUUUUUUAUAAAUGCUCGAAGACACACAGAGCACUAUCACUCAGAGCUGGUUUAAUUGAGGCCAGCUGCAAACAUAUAGAAUUGCUUAGGAUAUUAGUUAUGGCUAUUGAAAGCAUUUCUCAAAUAGGAGACGUUUAUGAAUAUUUUACUAUAUUUUUUGUUAGAAUUCGAAUAGGGGAAAGCGUCUCCGUUUCGUCACGUCUUCUUGUUAAAGGCCAAGAAGGGAAUGGAUACAAAAAUCCAAAUCUUCAAAGUAAUACCAAUCAAUAUUUUUAACACAAAACAGCCUAAAUUUAUUUAUUUUUGAGAGAGAGGGAAAAAAAAGAAAAUAUCAAUCUAAAGAUAGAUUUUAUUCUCACUUCCUAGUAUGAAUUAGAUACUUAUCUAAUUAUGUUUGUCUAUUUCCCCUAGAUUGUAAGUAGUGGCAAUUACACAUACGAAUACCAAGUGCAUAUGGUUGACUUAGCAACAAUACAGAAAUUUGAAACCGUACAGAGUGUGAUUUUAAAGACAUCAAGUUUGUUUUGUUUUUAUCGUUUGUUAGGACAUAGUUUAAAAAGGGAUAUUAAAUAUGUCACGAACGGGAAGUGAUUUGCACAUUUGCAUUGGAAGGAAUGAUUAAAUCAAAUUAGUGCCCAAAAUUUAAGCCGAUUGAGACAGACAGUGUAAACCGAGUGGCAAUGGAUUGAAAAUAAGCUUACGAUACAAAUGUUCAUAUUUACACAACAAUUAAAAUAAAAAAGCAUAUUCGUAGAAA